GGAGGCUACAGCAGAAGGUUCGUCUGUCCCCACUCCGAGAGGCCUAGAGGAAGAGGGUCCUGGAGACAGAGCCACAGGAGCACCUGACACGGCCCUGGUUCCCAUUUGGGGGACACAGGGCUGCUGGGCACAGAGGACCCCGACUGAGCGCACAGCCAGACCCCACUUGUGCCAGCCCCAUGUUCCUCAGGCACUGACCCGGAGAUGGCACUGACCCAGGGGCUGCUCCCCAUCGCCCUGCUGGCUCUGUGCUGGGGGUCGAGCAUUGCCAGGCACCAAGGGACCAUCCCGCUGCGGACCCUGCAGUGCCUCAACGACUACACCAGCCGCAUCGUCUGCAGGUGGGCGGACCCCCUGGCCAUGUGGGGGCUCCUCAACCUCACCCUCCACCGCAGCCUGAGUAGGGCCCCCCCCCAGCCAGUGUCCUGUGAGAUCAGUGAUGACAAGUCCUGGUUAGACGGCCUGUGUCUGAACUGCGUGCCCCGAAGAUGCAUCAUUCCCUACAAACCUUUUGUCCUUUCUGAUAAGGACUACUUCUCGUUCCGGGUCGACCGGCCUCUGAGCGCCGAGAUCAGCGUCCCUCUGUCCCAGCAUGUGCAGCCCCCAGCGCCCACGGACCUCCGGGUCAGCGCCUCCGGGGCCCAGGUCCUGCUGAGCUGGAGUGUAGCCCUGGGGCCUGCCCACAGCCGCUGGCUGCCAGCCCUGGACUUUGAGGUGGUCUUCAGGCGACUCCAGGACUCCUGGGAGGAGGCCGUCACCGUCCACUCCAGCUCCCAGCAGGCCACGCUGGGGCCCCCGCACCUGCUGCCCAGCACCACCUACUUGGCCCGAGUGCGCAGCCGACUGGGCCCGGACUCGGGGCUGUCAGGGUGGCCCAGCCUGUGGAGCCCCGAGGUGCGCUGGGACUCCCUGCCAGGGGACGAGGCUCAGCCCCAGAAUCUCCGGUGCUUCUUCAACGGGGUCGACGCGCUCAGCUGCUCCUGGGAAGUGAGGAACGAGGUGACCAGAUCUGUGUCCUUCUCCCUCUUCUAUAAGUCCAGCCCGGACGAGGGGGAGAGGGAGUGCUCCCCUGUGCAGAAGGAGGUGCUGCAGAAGGCGCCCGACUACACCCUGCACCGGUGCAAGGUCCCCGUGCCCGACCCCCACAACUGCAGUCACUACACCGUCUCUGUCCGGCCCAGGGACGAAGGGAAACUCAUAAAGAGCUCGGACAACAUCCAGCUGGAGCCCCCCACCAUCAACGUGACCCAGGGCGCAGAUGGCUACAUCCUGCACUGGGCAGCAAAGAAAAUGCCCUAUGACCACAUCGGACACACCUUCGAGGUCCAGUACCGGACGGACGCGGCCUCCUGGGAGGAUACCAAGGCGGAUUUGCUCCAGAAUGCCCACAGUAUGUCCCUGCCACACCUGGAGUCAUCCACCAGAUACUGGGCCAGGGUGAGGGUCAAGCCCACCCCCAGUGACUACAACGGCGUCUGGAGUGAGUGGAGUGAUGACUGCUUCUGGGACACGGAGUGGGAGCUGCCCACAUGGGUCUUGCCCCUCUUCCUGGUCUUCAUCACUCUGGCCUUGCUCCCGGCCCUGCGCUUCUGCCACACCUACUGCUACAGGUUGAACCAGAAGUGGGAGGAGAAAAUCCCUAACCCCAGCAAGAGCCACCUGUUCCAGAACGGGAGCUCAGGUCUCUGGCGCCCCAACAACCUGCCGACCCCCGGCCACGGCUGCCCCCCUCUCAAGGGUCCCUGGGACAGCCUCACCAUGGAGCCGCAGGGCGUGUUCUCCGUGGACUCUGGGCACAUCAAGGUGUCCCUGCUCACCACCCAGGACCCCAAGGAUGCUGCUGACUCCCCUUGGGAGCCUGACGCGGGCCCAGCUGCUGCAGACCCGGCCCCGGCCCCGGAGCCGCCUCCCAGCCCCUCGCCCGGCCAGUCAGCCCCCUCCAGCAGACCUAAGGGCCAGGCUUCUGGCUUUGACUUUGAUGGCCCUUACCUGGGCUCUCCCCACAGGCACCCCCUGCCAGACACGGAGGGCACGCUACUGCCCCCGCAGGCUGGCCUGAGCCCCAGGCCGCAGCCUCCCCAAGGGACCCUGCAGUACAUGUGUCUGCCUCCAGGGGAGCAGGCGAGGCUGGUCCCUCUGGCCCAGGUCAUGGGUCAGGGCCAGACCCCAGCUGCGGACAGCAGGCCCUGUGCAGGGACUGAGGGGGGCCCCUCGCUGCAGCCAGGCACGGACCCCCCCGCCUCCGCACCUGGGUCCACGCCUGGGCUGGCGGAUCCCAAGGACGGCCCUCCAGCUGUGCCCGCCGGCUCUGGGCACCCCGAGGACAGUGUCAGGGUCUCUGGCUAUGUCAGCCCUGCUGACCUGGCUCUGUCCCUUCCCACGGGGACCUCCUCUACCCUCCAGGCUCCUCCCCUGGGCCUCCCCUCGGAACGGCACCCCAGCCUCAAUCCUGCCCCAGCCAGUACCCCCUCGGGAGGCCCAGCUCCCGUGAAGCCAGAGCUUGAGGGCUAUGUGCAGCUGCCCCCGCCCGCAGGCCAGCUCCCCAUGUCCCCCCAGGCCAGUCCCACGCCUCCAGUAGCCACUGGUCCAGACCUGAGCCCAGGGCCGCCCUCAGCAGAUGUGAACCCCACCUCCCCACACUCUGAGGGGCUGCUGGUCCUGCAGCAGGUAGGUGACUACUGCUUCCUCCCCGGCCUGGCCCACAGCCCUGUCUCCCUCAAGAGCAAGCCCUCUUCUCCUGACCCUUGUCCCGAAGCCCGGGACCAGGUGUCCCUGAACAAGAAGAAUUGGUGUCCGGCCACGCCUCAGCUGCCAGCCAUUCAGCUCUUCAAAGCCCUGAAGCAGCAGGACUACUUGUCUCUGCCCCCUUGGGAUGGGAGCAGGCGGGGGGAAGUGUGCUGAGGCCCCACCGCACAGCAGGCACGCGGAGGGCCUGUGCUCUCUCCUGCCGCCCGUGUCCUGCACCCCCAGCCUUCCAGGCUCCUGGCGGCCAAGCUUAGAGGCGGCUUCCGAGCUGGACCAGAUGCAUGGGGGGAUGGAACGCCUCCCAUCUCACCUGCCCCCCUCCCCCCAUCACUGCUCUCCUCUGUCUCCCACAUGCUCCCUUCAGAGGUGGCCGCUAACUGUGUUGAGAACGGGGUCUGUGGUCUGUCGCUCUGUGGGUCUGAUGCAGGUGGCGCACCACACAGAGGUGACUGAGCCCCCGGGCGGCAGGAGGCAGGAGGCCGGAGGCCCCGGGCAGGGCCUUGGGCUCAGAAUGGAGCGGCUGGGCAGAUCUUGCCACUUCAGGAAAUUUGCGUGGUGGAGGCAAGCGAGGGAGGAAUGUUCCUGAGCUCUAGGGAAGCCCUGUGGGUCUCUUGAGAUGCCCAGCACCGCUGAUCCACAGAUUGGCCAGGGGCACAGCGUGAGGGUCUGGCACCUGGUGCCACCCAGGAUCACCAGGGAGUGAUACCCUGCUGUACCCAGGCCUGGGAGAUUCGGGAGGACAGAUUCUAGAACCCAUGCCUGACGUGGAAAAGUUAGACACAACUGCCCAGCGAAAGGGCAUGUAUAUUUUAGGGCCUGUUGUCUGACUCGCCGGCUGACCUUCCCCGAGAAGGACCUGACCCCGGCAGCCCCACAGCCAUGGGCCGGGGGGCUUGGCCUGGGUCUGGGCUUGUGGGCUUUUAAGUCCUUGCCUUUGCCUAGGGGGGAAAUAGCAUUAAGUUGCUUAAUUUUGUGUUAUUAGAUUACUCUCAAGUUUGCACAUGAUUUCAUAUCUCUUAUCGGUGUUUUAUUCACCGGGCUUAAAAGCUUACAAGUUUUAAAGACUGUUCUGCAAGGCUCUCAUCUUUUUCUGAUGUUGUCAUUAAAACGCGGAACACCCAGCCUCUUGUGAAGGCUGCUGCCCUGUUCGCUCUUGUGAAGGCUGCUGCCCUGUUCGCUCAGUUUGUGCUUGUCUGGGAUUUCCUGACUGAGUCUCUGAGGGCAUUCUUUGUGGUCAGACCUCACACUCCCACUUGUGAGGUCAAAUUUACAACCCGUCCCCCCGCCAACACACACACACACACACACACACACAUACAUACUCCAAGCCAGCACCUGUCCUGUCCUCAUUUUUCUCCCAGUUCUGUGUUUUCCUAAUGAUGUGAGGAACGGUCAUGUCUGAACGGAAAGCGAGGGGGUGUUUUGGCAUCGUUGGCCAAAUCUCCCCUUCUUCCAAAAUGCCACCUCUAGGAUGUAGAAAGCCCACAUGUAUAGUUGAUUUCUGAGCUUUUAAUGUUAUGAAUCAUUCUCUCAACGGCUUUAUGAUGCGUUAACACCAGGCGGAGCGAAGAUUUUGUCAGUGCUCUUCACAGAUCACCAUUCAGUACACCAGUGUCUGUCAUUGAAGGAUAUUAAUAAACAACGUAAAUGUUCACUAAUAUUGAGAUCGACAGCAACAUUCUAGAACAUUCUAAAGUAGAACCCGGCGUUUGACAUGAGAGCGAUGGAUGUACAAGUAUUAGAAAGAAGUCCAAGAUGUUAAUUCCAUACUAGGACAUUGUGAAUUGGG